CAGGUGGCGGUAGAGCACCCACAUGCUUGAUGACACGCCGCGAACUGUCACGAAGGAGAAAGCGGCGCUACAUGUACUUGAUAGAGCAGAUUAGCAGACGUAUCGUUGUUGGGAAAAUAAGACAAAGUACAAAUUCUAAAUGGAUGUGACCGAGCAGAUCAACCAGUUGGAGACAGACUUGCAGGAGCUGGAGUCUCUCCUGGAGAAGGCUGAGAGGACAAGGGUGCGGGAGUUCCUCAAGCAAGAGCAGAAGAAGCUUGAGAAGGAGAUCGCCGUCAAGCGUCAACAGAAAGAGCAACGAGCCCGGAGAGAGGCUGACCCAGCUGCGCCCUCGAAAGCGACCUAUACAGUCAAGAUCACCAACUACGCAUGGGACCAGUCUGAGAAGUUUGUGAAAAUUUACCUCACAUUAAAAAAUGUGCAUACGAUUCCAUCAGAGAACGUAGAGGUUAAUUUUACAGAGAGGUCGUUUUCUGUGCUUGUGAAGGAUCUCGACGGGAAAAAUCACCAGAUGACUGUUCUCAAUCUGCUGUGUCCCAUUGAUGAAAAGAACAGCUGCACCAAGAUCAAAACCGACAUGGUUCUGAUCAUGUGUAAGAAGCAGACAGCAACAAAGUGGGAGUGCCUCACAAAGGUGGAAAAACAGUCUAAGGAGAAAGAUAAACCCAGUAUGGAUGAGAACGCAGACCCCAGCGAGGGCCUAAUGAACAUGCUGAAGAAGAUCUACUCCGAUGGGGAUGACGAGAUGAAGAGAACCAUCAACAAAGCCUGGUCAGAAUCUCAGGAGAAGAAAAUAAGAGGCGAAGAAGGCAUGAUGGAUUUUUGAGCUACAAUCGCCGCUCUUCCACAGGAACACUACAUCAGAUUUUAAAUGUCAUGUUUUGUUUCAUUUUUCCAUUACAUGCGUUCAUACAUGCAAUGCAUUCCUACCAAUACAUUAUGCUUUCCAUCCAAGAAUGCUAUAUUAACAACCAGUAGAGGGCGUCCUUUCACAUUAUGAAAUAGCCAAGGAGACGUAAUUAUCCUAUUAAACAUGUUCAAAACUGAUUGUUGUCUUUUAGGAGUUGUGGUAUUUAAAAUUCAUUAACGUGUUUCUUUCCCAAAUAUGUUAUUCCAUAAAUCGGACAAUGUGACUUGUGAUUCAUCUUGGGUAGUUAAAAUAACAUGUUUUCAAGCAACAUACUGUAAUUCGCGAUUUUCUGUUAAAAUUCCUUUGUUGGCUUCAUUUUUUUUUUUUUUUUUUUUAAGUGAAUCAAAUUAUUGUUAAACCACCUUUCAGGUUGCCCACGUAUGCAGCUCUCAUAAAUGCAGUUAUGUGACACUUUCCUUUAUGGUGUUUGGUCUACAUUUUAAUGAAGCAAACAAAUACAGUAUAUGCCAUUCA